GUAGUUUACAAGUAAACGCGAGCUGUCGCUCUCUACAAGGAACCCUGGUUUGUUUUAAAAAGUUUUCAAAAUAACCAGACUUUAUCCAAAAAUAUGUCUCGUAGCCAAAUAUACUAUUCGGACAGAUACAAAGACGACCAUUAUGAGUACAGACAUGUUGUUCUGCCACGGGAAAUGGCUAAAUAUGUUCCAAGAUCGCACCUGAUGUCUGAGGAUGAGUGGAGACAACUGGGAGUGCAGCAAUCCCAAGGAUGGAUCCAUUACAUGAUACAUGAACCAGAGCCCCACAUCCUCCUCUUCAGAAGACCCUUACCAAAGAAUUGACAUAAUCCCAACAUAAUCAUUCACCUGGAACAUUCCUCCUGGGAUUUUAAUAUUCAGUGAAUACUUUAUAGUGUUGCAGGUUAUUUUCUCAUCAACCAUUAGUUGUAUUUUCUCCAAGAUGUUUCAGUUUGAUCUAUGCCAGAUAUUUAACAUGAGUCUGCAUUAGUUUAAUUUUACACUGUUUCAUAAAUUCAGGAGGAAAAGAAGUGACUUGUGAUUCUGUGCCAGAAUUUGUGGAUGACACAAAAACCUUCAAUGGCCAUGCAAAAAAUGUGAAAAUGGGAAAUCUAACUGGCUUGUAGCAUUGUUGUUGUGUGGUUAAAUAUUCUUGAACACUUUAGUCAUGAUUAAAA